AUGAAUAAGUUUUAUAUUCAAAUUGUUUUUUUUCUUUUAAGCAUUUCCGUAUAUGUGAAUAAUAAAAUCCUUGCAACUGAAGCUGAUCCAGGAGAAGAUACAACAUCCAAAUUAACACUCGAAUCAGCACCCGAAUCAACACCGAAAUAUCUUACUUCAGAAGAAAUAUAUGAAAAAAACAAGCAUCUAUUAUGUACUAACCCCGAAGAAACUAUAAACGCAGAAAAUGUUAUGAAAGAAGCUGUAACACAUUUAAAAUCUCAUGCUGCAGAUAUGCAUACGUAUAAAUUAUGUAAAACGUGUAUUGAUUAUCAUAUGGAUUUUCAUAAAAGAAAGCAUGAAGACCAUAUAAGUGGUGAAAAAAUUGAAUAUAUGGUUCGUGAUUCGAAUAAGUAUAAUGAAGUAAUAAACGAGUUAUGGGACCCCGAUCAUCCCAAUUUUUUAAAUACUGGCUCUGUUAAAAUUGUCCGUGUGUACAAUCCAAAUUUAGUAAUGAUACAACAACGUUACAAAAAAAAGUUUGGACGCCGUCAGAAAUAUUUUUAUGCUUUAGCUGCAAAGGUUGAAGUAUCAGAAGACACAACUAUAAUUGUCAUGACUUCAGCAAAUAUAAAUGAUCACAACCCUUCCAAUAAAACAUAUAAAAACGAAAUUGUAAAAAGCGCAAAUUCAUUCAAAACUGAGGUUGAUUCUGAAGAUGAUAUUAAACAAGGAAAAUUAAAAAAAGCGUUUGUUAACCUAGCUGGAUAUAUCAUUCAAAAAUACAGAGCUGUUAGUGUCACCUAUAUCGAAUCUAUUGAUGGACACGCUUCCUUUAAAAAACCCUGCAUUAUUGGAAAGUGUUUUAAAUAUUAUUACCUUCAUAAAUAA